AUGAAGCAGCGCUUCUCUUCCUUGGACGUCAAGGCCAUCACGAACGAGCUCUCUCAAGCCCUCGUCGGCCUUCGGCUCGCCAAUAUAUACGAUAUAUCCUCCAAGAAAUUCCUCCUCAAGUUUGCGGUAUCUGGGAAGAAGGAGCAACUCAUUAUCGAUUCUGGGUUCCGACUUCACACCACCGACUUCACGCGCCCUACCGCCGCCGCUCCCUCGGCCUUUACCUCUCGCCUUAGGAAGUUUCUCAAGACUCGGCGAUGCACUUCAUUGUCGCAAAUAGGCACAGACAGGAUAAUAGAGCUGCAAUUCAGCGAUGGGGGCUACCGACUGUUCCUCGAGUUCUUCGCAUCUGGCAAUGUCAUCCUCACGGACGCUGACUUGAAGAUCCUGGCACUUCUGCGGACUGUUCACGAGGGAGAGGGCCAAGAGCCGCAGAGGGUGGGCCUGACGUACAGCCUUGAGAACCGCCAAAACUACGGCGGAGUUCCGCCUCUGACUAAAGACCGAGUACGAGAGGCGCUGCAGAAAUCAGUGGCGAAGUUGGAGGCCACAGACGCUUCCAAGAAGAAGCAAAAGAGAAAGGCGGGAGACGAGCUCCGGAGGGGUUUGGCAACAACUAUAGAGGAACUGCCUCCUAUAGUGGUCGACCACGCCUUUGAAGCCACCGGAUUCGAACCUACCACCAAACCAGCUGAUGUACUUGAAAACGAGACCUUAUUCGACGCACUAUUCAAAUCGCUGGAAGAGGCCCGCAAGAUCGUAGACGGCAUCACAGGUUCGACGAGUUGUAAGGGAUAUAUCAUUGCGAAGAAGCGAGAACCCAAGGCAACCGAGCCGGCGCAAGCGCAAGGAGACAAGUUGCCUGGUUUGCUCUACGAGGAUUUCCAACCAUUCGUACCCCAUAAGUUCGAAAAGGAUGAUGCAUACACUAUUCUGACAUUCGACAACUACAAUAAGACAGUAGACGAAUUCUUUUCUUCUAUUGAGGGACAGAAGCUUGAGUCAAGACUGAACGACAAAGAAGCCGCUGCCAAACGCAAACUGGAAGCCGUCCGAGAGAUACAAGAGCAAAAGGUCGAAAGCCUCAAGCAAGUACAGAUUUUGAACAUGCGCAAGGCCGGCGCUCUAGAGGCCAACGUCGACCGCGUGCAAGAGGCCAUGGACGCUGUCAAUGGUCUCAUAGCGCAGGGCAUGGACUGGGUUACAGUUGGCAAGUUGAUCGAGAGAGAGCAGAAGCGACGAAAUCCUGUGGCACAGAUUAUCAAACUACCCCUGAAUCUGGAACAGAACUUGAUGACACUGCUUCUCGCCGAGGAGGACGAAGAAGAAGACCUAGACGAAGACUCUGAACAUACCUCUGAAGAUGAGAGCGAUGAUGAGGGAGACAGGCGCAAGAAAGUUGACACCAGGCUUUCCAUCGAGAUCAAUCUCGCACUCUCCCCCUAUGCUAAUGCCCGCGAAUAUUACGACCAGAGGAAGACGGCUGCAGAAAAGGAACAGAAAACGGUUGGUCAUUCGGUGAUGGCUUUGAAGAGUGCUGAGAAGAAGAUCGCCGAAGAUCUCAAGAAGGGACUCAAACAAGAGAAGCCAAUCCUGCACCAACUGCGCCGCCAGAGCUGGUUCGAAAAGUUCAUUUGGUUUAUUUCCUCGGAUGGGUACCUUGUUCUGGGUGGUAGAGAUGCCAUGCAGAACGAGAUGCUGUACAAGAAGUACCUUCGCAAGGGAGACGUCUAUGUUCAUGCCGACAUGCACGGUGCUGCAUCCGUCAUCGUCAAGAAUAACCCCAAAACUCCCGAUGCCCCCAUUCCCCCUUCAACAUUGUCGCAGGCCGGCAGCCUGUCAGUCUGCUCAUCAAACGCUUGGGACUCGAAGGCCGGCAUGGGAGCGUGGUGGGUCAACGCGGAGCAGGUGUCCAAGUCCGCCCCUGCAGGAGAAUUCCUCCCCACGGGAAGCUUCAUGGUGCGAGGCACCAAGAACUUUCUGCCUCCGCAACCACUGAUCUUGGGAUUUGGCUUCUUGUUCAAGAUCAGCGAAGAGAGCAAGGGCAAUCACGUUAAGCACAGACUUCUCGACGCAGAGACCAUGCCAACGAAAAACGUUCAAGAGGUUCAAAAUCACGAGGCUGAGCUCGCCGAAGAGGUUGCCGAACUUGAGCGCGAAGCAGAACAGCAUGAUCAAGAUGUCAAGGACGACUCGGACAGCGGACUUGACGACGAAGGGUCUCAUCGACAGAAUCCGUUGCAAGUGGAUGGUGACGAUGGGUCGAACAGUGGUGACGAUCUUGAGGAUCGAACAGACGAUGACGAUCACAUUGACCAUGAUGUAGACCAUGUGAAAGACCACGUGGACAAGAUCAGCCUCGAAGAGCCUGCUGAGUUGAUGAUGUCGGGAGCUUUGGCUGCUGAUGGAGGCGAGCACGAAGAUCCAUUCGCGAAUGGUGUGAACGGAGACGAAACGGCUGAGGCAGAAGAUGGCCCCGAAGAUGAAGAUACCGGAUCAGAGACGGCAACCAAAGCCCCCACAGAGGCAUCGAGAGUUUCCACCGCCACUACUUCGAAACAGACGAACGACCCGAAGCAGAGGAAUGCUCCAGCGAAACGGGGUAAAAAGAACAAGCAGAAGAAAAUCGCUGCCAAAUACAAGGACCAAGACGAGGAAGACCGUGCUAUGCAUGAGGAGCUCAUCGGCGCCACCAAGGGUCGUGAAAAGGCCGAAGCCGAGGCCAAGGCCAAGGCGGAGCGCCUGGCAGAGGAGGAAGCCCGACGCGAGCGCCGCAAGCAAGCCCAGCUAAAACAGCAGAAGAAGGUCGCCGAGCACGAGGAGGUCCGCAAGCUUAUGCUCGAAGAAGGUAUCGAGGUGCUGGAUGAUGCCGAGGAGCAAGCGUCCACACCUCUCGACUCCCUGGUUGGUACAGCACUUCCCGGCGACGAGAUCGUCGAGGUGGUGCCCAUGUGCGCCCCGUGGGCGGCGAUGGCCAAGUGCAAGUACAAGGUGAAGCUCCAGCCUGGCUCGACCAAGAAGGGCAAGGCGCUGAAGGACAUCCUGGAGAGGUGGAAGAUUGAGUCGGGGAAGAAGGGGAAUCUCGACGAGCACUCCCGAGACUCGGAGAGGAUGUGGCCGCGCGAGGUGGAGCUGAUUAAGACAGUCAAGCCUGAGGAUGCGAACAACGUUGUGCCGGUGGGCAAGCUGACGGUGAUGAUGAGCGGUGGUGCGAGUGGGAAGUCUGGCGGCGGAGGAGGCGGGAAGGGGGCCAAGGGAGGUGGGAACCAGAGCAAGGGUGGUAAAGGCGGCAAGGGUGGGAAAAAGAAGUAA